AUGGCGGAGAAUACCUUGAGCUGGUCUGCCCAGCUGAUAGUCGCCGCGCCGCAGCGCGGUCCUCGACUGCCAGGGGACAAAAUUAUCCUGCCGCAAUCCGCGCUCGAGCAGCUGUUGGCAGCGGCGCCUAUGCAAGCGAUAUCCGCAAACCCUCGCGUGCACACUUCCAGCUUCGACCCCUUCAACCCGCACACCUUCGCCGCCGAAUCUCGGGCACGCCAGCAGAUCGAGGAGCGCCAACAGCAGCUCCCCCACCCCCUUACCUUCCGGAUCGUGAACCCCGCAAACGAUCGGUUCGUCUAUGCGGGCAUCCGCGAGUUCUCCGCCGCAGAGAGCGAGGUGGCACUGAGCACGAUUCUGCGGGAAUCGCUGGGAAUUUCGGAGGAGGAUUUCGCACCACAUGAAAAUGGCGAAAACCCGAAUAUGCAGAUCGAUGGCGAAGGAGAGGCGCCUAGGACUAGGGCCGGGCCUGUAGUCACCGUACAUGCGAAACAGCUACCGAAAGGCACGUACGUUCGACUCCGACCGCUUGAGGCAGGCUAUGACCCGGAGGAUUGGAAGGCGCUUCUAGAGCGACAUUUGCGAGACAAUUUCACGACGCUGACAAUGGGCGAGAUUCUGACCGUCCCCGGGACUCGGAGCGAAUCGUUCCGCUUUCUGCUGGACAAGGUGUAUCCGGAGGGAGACGGAAUUUGCGUGGUGGACACUGAUCUGGAGGUUGACAUUGUGGCUUUGUCCGAGGAACAGGCGCGAGAAACCUUACAGAAACGAUUAGAACGCGCAGCGCGAGCGCCGGGAACGUCGAGCGGCAGCUCGGUGGGCGGAGUGAUUGCUCUAGGAGAAGAAGUGGUAGCCCAAGUGCUCCCAGGAGAAUAUGUGGACUAUGAACUUCGAGAGUGGGACCGUGACAAGACUGUCCAGGUUGAGCUCUCGACGGACGAUGAUUCGGCGUGUCUUUUUGCCAGUCCAUUUGGGGCUCGUCAAAGAGGGCAUCCACGGCGGGACGUCUAUGUGUGGGGGAAUUUCUCUACCCAAUUCCCCAAGCGAUUGUCGAUUCGACCCACCAAUGUGGCUCUUGAGGGCGCAGAAUCCCUCUAUAUCACAGUUCACGCCAACCAACGAGCCUCAACCCCCGAGAAUUCGGCUUCACAAUCACCAGCAAAGUACCACCUGCAAGUCAUCACUCGUGAGUCCGAUAUCGAAGAAACGCAGGUGGAAGAAGAAGGAACACAUGAGCCGGGCGAUGUCCAAUGUCAGAACUGCCAGCAGUGGGUGCCCGAGCGGACCCUCGUUCUUCAUGAGAACUUUUGUCUUCGGAACAACGUGGUCUGUCCGCAGUGUCGUAAUGUCUUUCAGAAGCGCUCGCCCGAGUGGCAGAAUCACUGGCACUGCCCGUCUGAUUCCUCCUUUGGCAACGACGCCGAUAGCAAAGCCAGCCAUGAUUUGAUCUUCCAUGCCUCUCUUGACUGUCCGGAUUGCCCAGCUCAGUUCGAGGGCCUUCCCGCUCUUGCUCAGCACCGAACGACCGACUGUCCAGGGAAGCUGAUCCUCUGCCAAUUCUGCCAUUUGCUUGUACCGCAACAAGGCGAUUCGGAUCCAGACAUCCAUGAUCCUGAAGUCAUAGUCUCUGGGCUAACACCCCAUGAAAUUUCAGACGGAGGACGCACCACAGAGUGCCAUCUCUGUGGCAAGAUCGUUCGCCUCCGAGACAUGAACACCCAUCUACGGCAUCACGAUCUCAAGCGUGUUUCACGCCCACUGCCACGAAUCUGCCUGAACCAAAACUGCGGCCGCACCCUCGUCAGUGGCGCCAACCAGUCCCUAGGCCUGUGCAAUAUCUGCUUUGGGCCCCUGUAUGUGGACACAUAUGACCCAGAGGGCAAGGCGCUGCGACGACGUAUCGAACGACGAUAUCUGUCGCAGCUGAUGACCGGCUGCGGCAAGCCAUGGUGCCAGAACCAGUACUGCAAGACGGGCAAGACGAAGACCCAAUCCAGUGCGCCCGCGCCAAUGGGCGUGGCUGAUAUCAUGAGAGUAACGCGGCCGCUAAUCGAUGCGAUCAAUGUCAGCCCAGACGUCGCCAAUACGGCACCGUUCUACCUCUGCACCGACGAAGCAGGACAACAGCGCCGCACGCUGGCCGAGAUGAUUUCGGCGCAGGGCGCGACGGGCGAGGAGAAAGCGUAUGAUCUGGCAUGGUGUGUGGCCGGCGCCGAGGCCGCUGGAGGCGAUUUUGAGAAGACACGAGAAUGGUUGGCUAAGUGGGCUCCGGUCCAGGGUGAAGUAGUCGGAUGA